AUGACCACAGAAUCAUCCUUCAUCGAUAAUCCACUGGCUGAGCAACGUUGGCUCAAUGACUCUAUCAAUACCUUGAAAUUAGAGAAAGAAAUAAGGAUUGACCUUUCUCCUUGUAUUUGUCAUGUUCCUAAAAGCUUUAAAGAAACCAAUACACAAGCUUAUGUCCCACAAAAAAUAGGACUAGGACCAUACCAUUUUUCACGUCCAGAUUUCUUUGUCAAUCAAAGGCACAAACUAAACAUAGCCAGGAAGCGCAUGGAUUUUUCCCAAGUCCAAGAUUUCAUAAACGACAAGCUAAGGUUAAUUGAGCCAAUCAUUCGAGCAUGUUAUGAUAAGUUCUUGAACAUUGGCACCAAUACAUUAAAUUGGACAUUGACUACUGAUUCUCUCUACUUGCUUCACUUCUUGACAAAUCAUCUCCCACAUCAUCAAAUAGAUUCUCAAGGUUGUCACUUGCCUCAAGAUCAAGAUGAAGGAAUAGAUUCUGAACGUCGAAACUUGGAUAAAGAUAUCAUAAUGCUUGCGAAUCAAAUCCCAUGUACAGUUCUCAUAGAACUUCAAAUGGCUUUGAACCAACCUUACGAUUUGCUGUUUGAAGAACUUUUGUAUAGUUUCCGUAAAUCACACUCUCCUCUCCAACUAGCAGAGAAUAAGAAAUUUCGUCGUUUCAGAUUAUGCAAGGAGCACUGUCCUCAUUUAAUUGCCCACAAUGGCGCGUUUAUUGAAGACGAAGAGGAGGAGGAAGAAAAUUUUGUUCGGUAUGAGUGGACUUUAGACAAAACAGCGCUUGAGAGGACUUUUCUCAAAACGUUGCAUAAGAGGACUUUUGUCAAAGCAGUGCAAACUGGCGUUGCUCUUGGCAUUCCAGGAACUAGCAUAAUUGAGAAACCAGAUAAUUUGAUAUCCCAAUUGCCAUGGGACCAAAUUACAGGACUUCUCAAUAAGAAAGAGGAGAAUAAACCUCUAAUCGAAGAGAUAGAAAUCCCAUCAGUCGCAGAACUUAAAGAAAUUGUUAAGGUAAAGUUCAAGCUGAUAGAAGGAGGAGGGAGCAGCGAUAUACAACUCAUUCAAGAAGGAGACGAACAUGCAAUAUAUCUUCCUGAAAUCACACUAAAUUCCGAUUCAGAAGUGAUAUUAAGAAAUUUGGUAGCAUAUGAAGCAGCUACUGCUGGUCCAGAAUCUGCACUCGAGCUAGCUGAAUAUGUUGACUUCAUGUGUGGAAUUGUGGAUACUCCAAAAGAUGUCGAAAUUCUCGAGAAAGCUAAAAUUAUUAAAGGAAAUAGUACUUUGAAUGAUGAGGAAAUUGCUAAUUUAUUCAAUGGGAUACCUAAAACAACUGGGAAGUUCAAGAAGAAGAAGAAAUCGGAUUUAGAGAAGGCUAUUGAAGCAGUGAAUGAGAAAUUGCACAAUAAAUUAAGAGUAAAGGCUUAUAAGUUUAUCAAGAAGCAUAUUUAUACUUCUUGGAAGUUUCUAUCUUUGCUUUCUACUAUACUGCUCAUCCUGCUGCUUUCUUUGCGAGCGUUUUGCCAAGUCUAUGGUUGCAGUAACCGGUGGUUUCAUUAUCCUGCAAACGCAAGUCUAUGGUUGCUGUAA